AUGGUGGCACCCAACGAGAAACGACGCCGUGUCGAGAGCAACUCACGUAGUCCAGCACGUUCGAGGGUGUUCCAACCUUUUCGAGCGCUUGGCUAUAUUACCAAUGACGUUCCAUUCGUAAUUGAAACCCGUGGCCAGGACUUUUUUAUGACAACGAGUGUUGGACAUAAUUUUCAAACAUACAAUCUGGCUAAAAUGAACUUACUGUUCGUCAGUCCGAGAACCCUCGAGCCGAUCACGGCAAUGACUUCGGCAGCGGGUUUGACAUUUGUGGCGCACGGCACCACUAUUGGUACCUACAAGAGAGGCAAAGAAGUUGCUCGUAUUGAAGGUGAAGGCAGUUAUUCGAUUAUGCAAAUCCUUGUUCUCGGUCAAUACAUUGCAAGCUUGUGCGACGAUAACGUGCUAAGAAUGUGGAAUCUUAAAACUGGAGAACUGUAUACCGAGAUCGAAUUCGGCGAAAAAUUCACUGCUACAACCAUGAUUCAUCCCAGUACAUAUCUCAACAAGUUAUUGAUCGGCAGUACCCAGGGAACAAUGCAGAUCUGGAACGUGCGCAUUGGCAAAAUGGUGUAUCAGAUGGAUUCUUUUGGAUCGGCACUGACAUGUCUCGAGCAAUCACCUGUGGUUGAUGUAGUCGCCAUUGGUCUGUUGGACGGAAGCGUGAUUUUGCACAAUAUCAAGGUGAACGAAAAAAUCGAUACUGUGCAUCAGGAUGACCGGGUGACAUCCAUUUCCUUUAGAACUGAUGAACAACAGGUUAUGGCAACUGGUAACAUGCAUGGUGACAUCGCAUUGUGGGAUCUUACCAAUCGAAGACUUGUACACAACAUGAAGGCGGCGCACAAUGGAUUGAUUGCUUCGCUAGCUUUCUUAAGCAAUCAGCCUGUAUUAGUUUCAGCCGGUGUUGAUAAUGCAGUGAAGCAAUGGAUUUUCGAGCAGGACAAUGCCGUACCACUUCCACUGAAAUCACGCAGUGGACACUUUGCACCACCAACUAAAAUCCAAUAUUACGGAAACGACGGAACGCGUAUCCUUAGUGCUGGCCGUGAUCGUGCCUUACGAAUGUUUUCUACUGUUCGUGAUGCUCAAAAUUACGAAUUUUCGCAGGGUCAUGUAGCGAAGAAGGCGAAAUCACGGGGCGUUUCUGAGGAGUCGCUUAAGUUACCUAUUAUUACAGAUUUUGCCGCUGGCUCUGCAAAGGAUAAAGAAUGGGCAAACGUUAUUACAAGUCACAUGAACGAUAAUGGUGGACGUACAUGGCGUACCAAGAACAAGGCAAUAGCCGAUCAUACACUUCUUAGCUCGGAUAAGAGCGCUAAUAAGGUGGCAUGUAUUAGUGCAUGUGGAAACUUUGGCUUUAUCGGCUCUGCUUCAGGACAAAUUGACAUGUUCAACUUGCAAUCUGGUAUUCACCGAAAAGCAUAUGCAGGCGCGGACGGACACAAAAAGGCAAUCACCGGUCUAGCAACUGAUGUUGCGAACCGCUAUCUUAUCAGUGCAUCGGUGGAUCGAAAUAUCAAGAUUUGGGACUUCAAAACUGGUGUUGUUUUGCAUACUAUCGAUAUGGAAUCGCCUAUUGUGAAAAUCGAGUUCCAUCGAGAAAAUGAUCUGUUGGCUGUUGCGUGUGACGAUCUUGGUAUUCGAAUUCUUGACUUGGAAACCAGAAACACUAUCAGAGAAUUCUGGGGACAUCGAAACCGGAUAACAGAUUUUACAUUCAGCCCUGAUGGUCGAUGGAUUGUUUCGGCAUCACUUGAUACUACUGUACGCACAUGGGAUCUUCCUUCAAGUACUAUGGUUGAUAUCUUUAAGGUGGAGGAUGUCGUGUCUAGUCUUACUUUUUCGCCAACCGGUGAUUUUCUAGCAACAGCCCAUGUUGAUAAUGUGGGCAUCUUUUUAUGGGCCAACCGUACACAGUUCGCGAAUAUUUCUUUACGCAGUAUAGUGGAUGAUGAAGUUGCUGAAUUGCUCGAGCUUCCAUCGCUUGCUGGAUUGGAUGAACAAGAUGAUGAUGAUGAAGAAUUGGAGCCGCCAACACAGCUCGGCGAAGAUCUUAAUACUGCAGAACAACUUACAGAAGAAAUGAUUACAUUGUCCUUGGAACCACGGGCCAAGUGGCAAAACUUACUAAAUUUGGAAACAAUCAAGAAACGCAACAAGCCUAAAGAAGCACCAAAAAAACCCGAACAAGCCCCCUUCUUCCUUCCUACUGUCGCUGGUGCAAAGGCCAAGUUUGAUUUAUCUGAAGAAACCAACAAAAAGUCUGCCGAAGAAAGAUCAAGACGAAUCCACAUGUCCCAGCUAGAUAUUGAAACUGAGUUUACUCGCCACCUUCGAUCAUGCCAUGAAAACAAUGACUAUUCUGCAUUUGUUGACUAUGCCAAGACCCUCAGCCCGUCCGCCAUGGAUGUGGAAAUCCGAACCAUGCCCGUUGAUCCUGAACUCAGCUGCAUGAACUACUUUAUCGAAUCAAUUCUGUAUAUGCUGCAAUCACGCAAGAACUUUGAAAUGGCACAGGCAUGGCUUAGUGCGUUUUUGAGCAUCCACGGUGAUAUCCUUGUAGCCAACCCUGAUAAUGCGAUUCACAGUAAAUUAGAAGAAACUUUAAAUGUGCAGUCUGAUGAGUUUGGACGGUUAUCAUCACAAAUCCAUUAUGGCCUCUGUCUCAUAGACUUUGCACGUAGAUAG